AAACACUGAUUGGGUUUUGUCAUAAAAACAAAACAAGAAGAAGAAAGAAGCGAUAAAAAAUCUGAAAACUUGUGAUAGUGUUUACUCACAGAUAAUGAAAAUGAAAUCGACCGUCGUCAUGAGUUUCCUCAUCAUAUACCUCCUCCUUGCAGUGCCUUGCUUCGCCAAAGAGCAAACGUUAACGGAUUCAGAGGUGUACGAGAUCGAUUACAGGGGGCCGGAGACUCAUAACUCUAGACCUCCGCCGGAGACUAUACACGGCAAGCCACCGUACAUCCACCAUAAAAACCCCGCCGCCGCUGGAUCGGCCGGUGCUCAUGUAGGAGGAAAGAACUAGAGAGUGACUACGAGAGCUUCUCUGAUCCAAGGAGAAGGGAGAGAUAUCGUCGCAGAAGCUUCAAGUUAAAGAGGAAGUGUUGUGAUAUAUUUAAGUAUUAAUUAUGAGUAAUUAAUGAUUGGGGUACAGAGUUAUUCAUAUACCUUAAUACAUAUUUAUAUGAUCAUCGAUGUGAGAUCAGCACUGUUAGUGUGAAUAAACACACACACUACUCUCCUGAUGUUAUGUCCGGUCUUUUCUUUUCUUUCUUUAUUUUUCUCUUCAUGCACCGUUCUCUAUGUGUCAUUAUUAUUUUUUCGGUCUGAAUCUUUAAUUUUAAUUAAAACCAUAUAUAUUCAGAUUAAUUCAGGGUAAUAUAUGUGUCACCAAAUAAAUAUCAGCAAUAAUUAUUUAUUUAACUA